UCACUGUUGAGAUGAUUGCUCCUGCUGGCGCCUCAGAAAGUCCUGCUCAUCCCCGAGCUCCUUUAUCUGCAUCAUCUGGUUGAACAAGCGGCGGUUGUCCUCCUUCAUAUGGAAUAAGCUCUCCUGGAGGAGCGCCUUCAAGUCCGCCUUGGUCGCGGCCUCUGCAGCGCACACGCACACACACACAGACAAAGACACCCAUGUGGCACGGUAGGUGAAUCGCCGGGUCGCUUUCUUCCUUCCUCUCUGUCGUCAUGUGUGUGCAUUUCUCUUCUCUUCACAUGCAUGUGUGUGUCGUUCUCUCUCCCUCCCUCCCUCCCUCCCUGUGUGUGGGCGGUGCGUGCGUACCAGGGCGAAAUGUGGAGAAGAGUGCUUGGUCUAUCGCAUUGAGUCGCUUAUCGAUCGACACAAUGAGCUGCGUGAGGCUGUUGAUGAGCGUUAAAGUCUCUUUGUCCUCAGGCUGCUUAAGCGCGAGAUCGAACUGCUGCGACAGUUCUGCCUUCUCUUGGUCCAGCGCCGCCUUCUCUUCCCGAAGCUCCCUGAUGAGACUGUCCAGCUUCGCAGGGGGGGCGGUAUCGGCGUCAUUGGUCACCUGCACCCCCCACCACACACACAUUCAGGUGCCUGCGUCAGUCAUCGGCCGCCUUGUUGCCUCCCACCCUCUCCCACCGACCCACCAUGAGUGCAGUGGAGCCACGGGGCCGCCGGCGUCGAUGGGAAGUGGACGAAGAUGACUGCACCAUGACGGUAGGCAGAGGCAGGGCGGCCAUCCACUCAGUCGGCUCGGCUCGCCGCACGUCCAGCUGCUGCUGCUGGCCAGCAGAGUGGGCACCAACAUGCUGCAGGUGGCGGACGGCAUGGCCCAGGGGAGGCACAAAUGCGACGACGGCACUUAUCCAUACUCCCAUCACCAGCAGCAGAAUCACCAUCAGCAGCAUGGUCUGUGUGCCUACAAAUGCGUCACACACACACACACAGACACACAGAGGGAUACUGACUGACUGAUUGAUUGAUUGAUCGUUCCCCUCUCUCGCCCCUGACGUACUCGUGGCGGCGUGAGUCAGUUUGGUUGUUUGUACUCACGUAUCGUGGCGGCGGACGAAUAGCACCACAGCAAGGCAUUCCCCGGUUUGUUUUCUUUCCAAUGCACGAGCAUCACUCACUCACUCAUUCACUGAUCUGACUGAAUCACCGCGUGUGCGUCUCCGUCGCCGACCUCAGCUGACAAGGCAAGGUGGAUGCCAAAGGACGACAGACAGAUCUCAGCGCACAGCACAGCCGUCAGGAGGGCUGGGCACCGAACUUGAAAGAGCCGGAGGGUUUGAC